UUUCUAAUUCUCUCGGCUUGGUGGCUAGCUUAUGGCGGAGGAGAGGGACUUGGAGCUCGUCGGCGGUGCUGGAGUUGAAGGGAUCAGCGGCGUCGUUGCUGGAGACAGAGACAUGGAGAUCGUGGCCGCUGCCGCCAGGCCGCCGGCAGAGCCCGUAAGUUUAAUCAGGCUUAUAUUUGCGUGCACGGUGGCAUGCGGAGUACAAUACGGAUGGGCGCUGCAGUUGUCUCUUCUCACGCCCUACGUGCAGACGUUGGGAUUAUCUCAUGCACUCUCUUCCAUUAUGUGGCUUUGUGGCCCUGUUGCAGGCUUCGUAGUCCAGCCAUGUGUUGGUUUAUGGAGUGAUAGAUGUUGUUCGAGAUUUGGAAGAAGAAGGCCCUUCAUUUUCGUUGGAUGUCUGUUUAUAUGUCUUGCAGUAACCGUGGUAGGGUUUUCUUCGGAUAUUGGAUAUGCACUAGGUGAUACAAAGCAACAUUGCAGCAUUUAUCAUGGCCCGCGUUGGCACGCUGCAAUAAUAUAUAUCCUUGGAUUCUGGCUGUUGGAUCUUUCAAACAAUGCAGUUCAAGGUCCAGCUCGUGCGCUCAUGGCUGAUCUAUCGAGCCAUCAUGGUUGUAAUGUCGCAAAUGCUAUAUUCUGCUCAUGGAUGGCUUUUGGAAAUAUCUUGGGGUACUCAUCCGGUUCUAGCGGAAAUUGGCACAAAUGGUUCCCUUUCUUGAUGACAAAUGCAUGCUGUGAAGCUUGUGCCAAUUUGAAGGGUGCUUUUUUGGUUGCAAUGGUUUUCAUUCUCUUUUGCUUGUCGGUCACUAUGGUUUUCGCAAAAGAAGUCCCAUUAACCAAAUCAAAGAAGAAAGAUGAGGAAAGCGAAAAAUUUAUGGACAUCUUCAAGACUUUUAAGAACUUGCCACCGGGAAUGCCUUCAGUGCUUCUCGUCACCUCCCUUACUUGGUUAUCAUGGUUUCCAUUCAUCCUCUAUGACACUGAUUGGAUGGGGCGCGAAGUGUACCAUGGCAAUCCAAGUGGAACUCCUGCACAAAUCGAUGCUUAUGAUCGGGGAGUCAGAGAAGGUGCAUUCGGUUUGCUACUGAACUCGAUUGUGCAAGGCAUCACCUCCUUCUUCAUAGAGCCAAUGUGCCGAAGGCUGACUCCGAGAGUGGUUUGGUCGAUGAGCAACUUCAUCAUGUUUGCCGGCAUGGCUGCCACUGCAAUCAUAAGUGCUUGGUCCUUGAAGAGCUUCCAUGGCUCAAUUCAGCAAGCAAUCACUGUGGAUGGAAGUCUUAGAGCAGCGGCACUGGUUCUAUUUGCAGCUCUUGGCGUUCCACAAGCUAUUUUGUUCAGUGUUCCCUUCGCGGUAACAGCACAAUUGGCUGUCAAUGGCGGCGGUGGUCAAGGACUUUCAAUUGGAGUUCUGAACAUUUCGAUUGUUCUUCCUCAGGUGAUCAUAGCUCUCAGUGCAGGUCCAUGGGAUGCUUUGUUCGGAAAAGGCAACCUCCCGGCAUUCGCAUUGGCAUCUGGAAUCGCUUUCGUCUGCGGUAUCGUCGGACUGUUCAUGCUUCCAAGGUUCUCAAGGAACAACUUUAAGACUUCAGGGCUCUCUGGCUUUCACUGAUCUAACACCUUGUUUGAUUAGUGAAAUAAGCAGAUUCUAAUAUGCUUUCUGCCUCGUGUUCCUGAAAGGGUGGCCUUAAAUUUUAACAUCUUGUAAUCGAUCCUGAGUUUUUUGUUUUUUUCUUUUCUAUGAGUUGCAUGGUAAACAAAAGCUAAAAUGACUAGUUAUGUGGCAUUCAGUGCUUAGGUUGCAUGAGGAGGAAGAAGCCUUCCUCGCCAUAUGUCUCGACAUGGUCUAACCAUGAAAAACCAAAAGUUAGUGUGUUUGACUUUUACGUGUGC